ACGGUCAAAUGAGAGACGCUAUGAUGCACCGAGGCACCAUCUCAGGAGACGGAAUGUGACAGUGAAAGGGAUUCUAUUGAUGUCCUGCAUCGGGGGUCUACCACGCCAAACCAGCUGGUGGCGGUAAUGUACCAUAACGCUUCUUUCCCAUUGGCAUUAAACACGAACAAGUAGCAACUGCUACAGUAGCUGAAGAUUGUGAAGUAGUUGUUAUAAAGGUUGAAGAACAAGACAGUAAAAUGAACUGAUCGACAGCCGCUCGGAAGGAAGAUUCCUCACUCUAGCGGAAGUUAUUCGCGGCGAGCUCCAGUAAAAGUUUAGUGUGUUGCCGCAGAACAGGCGCGCUGAACCGGGUCUGCAUGCAGACUCCCUGAAGCAUCGACGCUAUGCAGGCAGAGUUUCGACCUCCGAGGCGACGCGUUCGUAUCUACGAGGAGUAUCGCGCGCCGUUUCCUUUGGACGUGGAGCAUGGACAGAACAAACCGGCUGAGGCGGAGCUGCUCCACAAUCACGUGCUGGUGUAUGGAGAAGAGCACAUCCACAGGAUCUAUAGCCAGGGGUUCUUUGGUAAGGGGAUUUUGUCUCGGUCCAAGCCAGAGUUCUGUGUCUUUGACCAAUGGGAAGAACACAAAGGUCAGCUCCUACCUGUCGUCUCACCCUCCAGUGAUGUUUUGCAUGAGCUGUCCGAGCCAGUGACCAAGGGGGACGACAGAAAGGAGGCGGGGGCAACUAACGGCGCUGACAGUCGCAGAAAACGAAGCAGGCUGAGUAACAGUUUGGAAUCUCAGAAUCUCAGACCUGAGGGAGAACCUGAACCCGACAGAGAGCAGGAGGUCGUACGUGAGAGCAACCAGGAAGAUAGACCUGGCUGUACAUACAAUGAAGAAUAUGAACCUUCUGAUCCACAUCCCACCUUUGUCCUGGUGGCUUCUGACAGUGAGGUCUGUGUCCGUCGGUGCCCCAUCACACUUCUGGACUACUUGCAACUGAGCUUGGUGGAGGCCUUCUUUCUCGUCUAUAGCCUGGGCUGCCUCUCCGUUUCCCUGCAUCAGGAGCCACUUUCUGUCAUCCAGCUGUGGCAGACUUUUCGCUCCCUGGACAAAGACUUUGUCUGCCUGUAUUCAGUUUAUCAUCACUUCCGCAGUAAAGGCUGGGUGGCCAAGAUGGGGGGCGGAGCCAAGUAUGGUGUGGAUCUCAUGUUGUACAGAAAAGGUCCACCGUUCUACCAUGCGAGCUACUCAGUGGUGGUGGAAAAGGUGGACCAUUUGUUCACUGGCUCCACGAUGCGCUCCUUCUCAUGGAGAACUCUGGCAGCACUCAGCAGAAUCACAGCUAACGUUUCCAAGGAGCUCCUGUUGUGUUACGUCAUCUUCCCUGCUGACCUGUCGGAGGCAGACCUUGACUCACCUAUGUGCUUGAGCCGGCUGAAAGUUCAGGAAGUUGUAAUAAGCAGAUGGGUGUCUUCCAAGGAGCGCGCAGAACAGGACGACCUUUGAUGACAUCACUGACUUUGGAUCACGUGAGGGUGUAUCAGGUGAUGCUGGAGUCAUGGAUGAUUCCAAAUGGACUCCAUAAAGAGUUUCGUGCGCAGCUGGCUCAUGGGCUGAAGCAUCACUAAAAUCUCUUGUCCGUCUUGCUCCACUUUAGUUUUCUAUCCAUGUGAAUUGUUAUGACUGUGGCUCCCACAGUUAUGAAUAAAGGUAUU